AAAAUAAGGUACGUUAAAUCAAGCUAGAAAAUAUGGAAAACCCUCGCAGAGGAAAGGAUCUAGAGAAGCAAGGAAAGGAAGAGAAGGGAAGCGAAGAAGUACGUUACCGUGGGGUCCGAAGAAGGCCGUGGGGGAAGUUUGCUUCUGAGAUAAGAGACCCUUCUAAGCAGGGUGCUCGUCUGUGGCUUGGUACAUUUGACACCGCUGAGGAAGCUGCAAGGGCUUAUGAUAAGGCUGCCUUUAAUUUAAGGGGUCAUCUUGCCACACUAAAUUUUCCAAAUGAAUAUUAUGCUCAAGUUAUGGGCUCUCAUCCUUAUCCUCCUAGAUUCUCGGCACUUUCUUCUUCUUCUUCAUCUUCUUCUUCCACUUCGUCAUCUUCUGCUGCUGCACCGGGUGGAAGCUCAUCUGCCAGACAAGGAAGUAGGCAAGUGUUUGAGAUUGAGUACUUGGAUAACAAGGUGUUGGAAGACCUCCUUGAUUAUGAAGAGGAGAAGAAUAAAUGAAAGUGAAAUUGAGUUGUGGUUUUGUUUUUGUUUUUGGAUGUUUUUGUUGAGCACGUUUCCCUUCUAUAUAUAGUUAUCUGUUAUUUAGCCAUA